AAAACAUGUUUUCAUCGGUCCCAGACACUGGGCUACAAAAAUGGAUAUGCCUUUUCUUGGCUGCCAACAGUGGGGUCUGGUGGGGAGCGACUGUAUGUGAAUCAGCUUUCUCAAGCUGAAUUAGAUGAAUUAUCCAGCAAGAGACCCACACUGACCUAUGGAAAAGUCAAGCGGGCUCCACCUUCAGGCUUCAUUCCAGCACACGUGGCUUUUGACAAAAAGAUUUUGAAGUUUGAUGCCUAUUUCCAGGAGGAUGUUCCUCUCUCUGCAGAAGAGCAUUACCGGAUCCGCCAAGUGUGUAUCUACUACUAUUUGGAAGAUGACAGCAUGUACGUCAUAGAACCUGUUGUGCAGAACUCUGGUAUUCCUCAAGGCAAACAUAUUAGACGCCACCGGGUGCCCAAGAAUGACCAUGGGGAACAUUACCAUUGGAAAGAUCUGAAUCGGGGCAUAAACAUCACCAUGUAUGGCAGGACAUACCGCAUAGUCGACUGUGACCGAUUCACACAGGAGUUCCUGGAGAGCCAAGGAAUUGAAGUGAACCCUCCAGAGAAAAUGGCUUUUGAUCCUUACACAGAACUGCGUCAGGUGCCCGUGCGCAAGUACAUCACACCAUCAGAUUUUGACCAACUCAAACAGUUUUUGACUUACGACAAGCAGGUCCUUCGCUUCUAUGCCAUGUGGGAUGACACUAACAGCAUCUUUGGUGAGAAUCGGCCUUACAUCAUCCAUUACUACUUGGCAGAUGACACAGUGGAGGUUCGGGAAGUCCACAAGCAAAAUGAUGGUAGAGACUCAUUCCCAGUGCUGAUAAGACGCCAACGCUUACCCAAAACCUUUGUGGACAAGAAAAAGACUUUCCCAACGUGUGUGAUGGAGAUCUCUGAUCAGGAGGUACUUGAGUGGUACACAGCUAAAGAUUUUGCUGUCGGCAAAUCUACCACCCUCCUUGGACGCAAUUUCUUCAUCUAUGAUUGUGAUGAGUUCACCCGAAACUUCUAUCGUGACAAAUUUGGCAUCACUGACUUCCAGCCAGUGGAAAUAAAGAAGAAACCACCUGAGGAAGUUCCACAGAUAAUUCCUCCCUAUAAUGGUUUUGGCAUCCUUGAAGACACCCUUCAGAACUGCUUUUCUCUGCUUCCAAAACCUCCCCGGAAAGAUGUAAUUAAGAUGCUAGAGAAUGACAACAAGGUGCUGCGAUACGAGGUGGCCCUGGAAUCACCAAAUCCCGAGGACAGAAAGCGUCGUUUCAUCCUCUCUUAUUUCCUCUCCAAUGACAUGAUCAGCAUCUAUGAACCCCCAGUCCGUAACUCUGGUAUCAUUGGAGGCAAAUACUUAAGAAAGACCAGAGUUGCCAAACCAGGCUCAACUACAGAAAAUGCCACGUACUAUGGGCCCUCUGAUCUCACCAUUGGCUCUGCAAUUGAAGUAUUUGGCCACAGGUUUGUUAUCACUGACGCUGAUGAAUAUGUGCUUAAUUAUAUGGAGAGCAAUGCAGAGAGUUUCCCUGCGGCAACACUGCAAUCCCUGAGGGAUCAUUUUCACCCAAAGCAGGUGGUAAAGGAGACUGACAACAGUGACAUCCCCAAGCUUGGGACCAGCAAGCAGGAACUGGAUGAAUUAAUUGUGCGUGUUCAGGAAGAUCUGAAGCCCCAUAAGCACUUGAACAACAAGAACAUUCAGGAGGCAUUUCUUCAGUGUGACAAGGAUGGCUCUGGCAUCCUGGACAAAGCAAAAUUGUUAUCCCUUUGUGACAGCUUGAGUGUGCCGACCAACACCACUCUUAACAAGCUGAUUGACCAGUGUUCUUGUGGAGAAAACCAGAUAAACUACCGUGACUUCCUUAGAGCCUUCCCUUCAUGA